CGCAUUCUCUGGCACAACUCCGCUAUCCAUCUACUUCCAUCUCUCCUUUUAGUUUCCCUCUUUCUGAAUAACUUUAUCAAAAUGUUCAGAAAUAAUUAUGACAACGAUUCUGUUACUUUCUCUCCGCAAGGCCGCAUCUUCCAAGUUGAAUAUGCCCUCGAAGCGAUAAAACAAGGUUCCGUUGCGGUAGGACUAGUCAGUAAGACACAUGCCGUAUUGGUUGCUCUAAAGAGGAAUGCCGAAGAGCUCGGAAGUUACCAAAAGAAAAUUAUUGGUAUCGACACUCACCUCGGAGUAGCUCUGGCUGGGCUUGCACCCGAUGCCAGGGUUCUCUCAAACUUCAUGCGUCAGCAAUCCAUGUCCUCCAGACUCCUCUACAACCGCCCCGUCCCUAUCUCCCGUGUCGUCAACGCUAUUGCCAACAAGGCCCAGGUGAAUACCCAGCAUUACGGUCGCCGUCCCUACGGUGUUGGAUUACUCGUUGCUGGUGUUGAUGAAACUGGUCCUCAUCUCUGGGAGUUUCAGCCUUCGGGGAUGGUAUUAGAGUAUAAAGGUGCAGCAAUUGGGGCUAGGUCUCAGUCAGCUAGAACAUAUCUGGAGAGAGCCUUUGAGGAAUUUGUAGACUCAAAUAGGGAAGAGUUGGUCCUCCAUGGGUUAAAAGCGUUGAGGGACAGUUUGGCUCAGGACAAGGAGCUGACUACGGCAAAUACCACCGUCUCUGUCGUUGGCAUUGGGGAGAAUUUCAAGCUUUACGACGGUGAUGAGGUGGGUGAGUGGCUGGAGAAGUUAGGAAAUGUCCAGAGCAGUAGAGGUGGUAGAACCGGAGAGGAGGCUGUGGAAUCGAUGGAUACCUCUGAAUAGACCAAAAAAUGAAAAGGCGUUGCUUGUUCGGUGCACGGCUAUUAAUUGAUGCCCUUUUAUAAAUAUAUAUAUAUAUAGCUAUGAUACCGCGCCAAAUACGAAAGCGACCCCUACUAACUUUAAUGGGAGAUUCCG